CAACAUCGUAUGUUUUUAAGCUACCACGAUUAUUAGUAUUAUAGGGAAUGUAAAACGUUGAGAGCAUUACAAGUCAACAUCUGCAAGAGUUUAAAUUCUUUCGUCACUUUUCAAUGUUGUAACAGCUGAUAUGAAUGCUCAUUUAAGAAACUGCUGAAAGACAAUGGUGAGCGAUUGCCUAUUAAAGACACAACAGGCUUAUCGAACGAAAAAGCAGUUGCAAAGAGAAUUAAUAUCUUAAUAGAGUGUAUUUGUCUAAUUCGAAGUUUUGUAUUAUAAUUAAGUAUUUCAUCACUGUGGACAGUCCGCAAUAAACGUAUUUGAAACGUUAUUUAAAAGCAAUAAAUUUAAUUCAAUCGCAAUGGUAUAUCGCGUACUUUAUUUUUGUAUUUCAUUUCCGUCACCGAUAUAAUCUAUAUAAUUGCAAAUCUUGUCUAAGGUAUUGUAUCUUUUCUCCAUUUAUCACAGAUAUUGAAUAAAAACUAUUAGAAAGUAAAGAAGAAACAGUUCACGCAAUCUAUCAGCUGUAUUCUGACGAACUUCAUUGUUGUAAAAGUUCACUCGUAGUAAACAGUCAUCAUGGAUUUUCAUUCAAAAGUGUUUGCGAAGUUAGUGUUUUGUGCUUGGCUACUUAUAAAUCAUAGUGGGGGUCAUCCCAUCAGUUGUAAAUAUCUUAAUUUACGACAACAACUUAUUAAAGAAGAAGAGCAAUUAAGUUUUGGUGCAAAUAUUACAUUACUUGGAGAUGAAAUAGCUGCUAAUGAAUGCGUAAUGCGCAUCAAGAAGAACGAAGUGAACGAAGCUUUCAACAACCCUGAAAAAUUUCUCCCUGCGAAAAAUUUCAUGGAAGCUCGCAGAGACAUCGAAAAGUCCGACGUCUUCAAGAUUCUCUGGAAAAUGCCUAAAGGCGGGGUUUUUCAUGCUCAUAGUACAGCUAUCGCCGAUUUGGAUUAUCUAGUCUACAACGUGACCCGAUUACCGAACCUUUACGUUUGCUCGAAAGACGAAGACGAUUAUCGAUUUAAAUUUUUUGAAAAUCCAGAUGACAGCUGCGAUUGGGUGCUUUUGAAACACCUCGAAGACGCGAAUUCUUACGUGGAAGAGAACAUUAGAAAUUAUAAUUUGAAAAUCAAAUCGAAGUAUGACAAUAGCGAUGAGGCUUGGAAAAUCUUUAACAAAAUUUACGAAACAUUGAGAGGAAUCGUUAAAUAUAGGCCUGUUUUUGAAGAAUACUUUUACAAGGCUUUGCAAAAGUUGUAUGACGACAACGUCAUGUUCAUGGAAAUGCGUACUUCUUUGGGGAUGAUGUACGAGCUCAAUGGAACCAAGCAUGAACCGUUAGAUAUUAUAAGAAUUUACAAAGAAGUAUCCGACAGAUUCAUACAAAGCCAUCCAGAUUUCUUGGGUAUCAAAAUAAUUUUCGCGCCGAAGAGGAGAUCAACCCCGAAGAAAUUCAGUGCCGCAAUCGAAAUAUUCAAAAAAGUAAAAGCUGCCUAUCCAGAUCUCGUUGUUGGAUUCGACCUAGUGGGACAGGAAGACAAAGGCCAUCCUCUUCUAGAAUUCGCAAAUGAAUUGCAAGAACUCAGUAAUAUUACGAGCUUCUACUUCCAUGCUGGUGAAACGAACUGGUACGGCACAAGCUCGGACUACAAUUUGUACGAUGCAAUUCUCCUCAAUACUAAGAGAAUCGGACACGGAUAUGCCUUGCUAAAGCAUCCAAAACUUAUGGAAAUAGUGAAGAAAAGAAACAUCGCCAUAGAAUUGAACCCAAUCUCUAAUCAAAUUUUACACCUGCUGCAAGACAUGAGAAACCAUCCAGCGAGCUACUUUUUCGCCGAGAAUUUUCCGGUGGUGGUGUCGAACGACGAUCCAAGCUAUUGGGACGCACAAGGCCUGAGCUACGACUUUUACGAGACCUUUGUCGGCAUAAUGUCACGGGAGGCUGACUUGAGGGCACUCAAACAACUGGCAAUCAAUUCGAUCGUCUAUAGCAGCUUAAAUGCCGACGAGCAAAAACGAGCUUUUCAAAUUUUUGACAACUCCUGGCGGACCUUCGUCGCCAAUUUAAUUGACAGUCCAAUGUGCAAUCGUUAAUCGUCAUAGAUUUUUAGACGUACUUUUAUUUUAGAUAAUACUAUAAUUUUUAUUUUUAUUUUAAACUAAAGUGAUAUUAACUGUUACGUAAGAGUUUUAUUCGUAAUUGACAUUCGUAAUUGUUGGAACAGGACUUUUCUUAUUCGGUUUUUUAAGUGAAAUUACUGCGUAAUGUAAUUUUUCGAAGCAUUUCAUUUUGCACUUUUUUAAUUUAUACGAUUACAUGCGAUGAUUAUAGGUACUGUUAUACACAUUUAUAUUUAAUAUUCACCAUAGCAUAAAACAGCUAAACCCGUAGUAAUGUAUACAUUUUAUAAAAAAAAUCUGUGUACCAAGCGUUCGUACUACUGAAAACUAGUAGUCACAAAAUGUCAUUGUCACGUCACCGUCAUGUUUUCGAGUGUAUCGCGUUAUUCAAGUAAUUAAUCGUGCUCAGCAGAAUUUAUAUAGAACGAAAAUUGCGGAGCCUCGCGGCAGUUUGACUGUCGGCAGUUGAUUUGCGAACACUUCAAAGUCGAGGCUACAAUAGUGUACUCAUACUGGCAUUGUUAUACAAGUAUUUUCAUUUAGAUAAUUAUAUAUUUGCUCUGCUACUUAUCAAAUCAAAAGCAUUCGAGAAUUUUUUUAUAAUCUUAUGUCAAUCCAGCAGAUAAAAUUGGGCAGAGGAUGAGAAAAG